AGGACCGGCAUAUCUGCUGCCACCAACGUCUCAAAAGUCUUCUGUUCUUUCUUAUUCACCAGACCUUUGACGUUAUACAUCACGAACAAGUGGACUGAACGAAAUCAGCACUACAUCACGCAGGCGAAACCAAGAACAGAAAACAUCUCUCCUUGCCGACCGAAGAACCGUUUUGUAUUCAUCAAGAUCCCGAAGACCGGCAGCUCCACCGUGGGCACGAUGUUGGAGCGGUACGGCUACCGGCGCGAUCUCCAUUUUGCAGUGCCAAAGAUUCCGUCCCACUCCUUCCCCAUGGGGAGGAGGUACCGAUUUGCCGACCCCGCGCUCGUGUUCCAGUGGAACCUGACCGACCGGGGCGGGGUGCCGGUGUGGCCGGCACUGGGCGGGUUCCACAUCCUGGUGAACCACGCCCGGUACAACCGCAGCUUGCUGGAAGCUCUGAUCCCGCGCGCCGUGUACUUCACCAUCAUCCGGGAGCCCGGCGCCCGCUCCGAGUCCUUCUUCCGCUACUUCCUUUACCAGCAAAAGGUUCCGCACACAGCCAACGAGGACCCCCUCGAGGUUUUCAUGAGGGACCCACACGUCCGCAGCCGGGCCAUCAUCACACGCUACAAAUGGAACACGCACUUCAGGAACGGCCAGAUGUUUAUGCUUGGAUUGAACCCCGGCGCUUACGAUAACACCACAGCCGUUGAGGCCGUCAUUGGCUUUCUGAGUCAAUCCAUGGAUCUGGUGAUGCUGAACGAGUAUUUCGACGAGUCACUUCUCCUCCUCAAGAGGCUCAUGUGCUGGGAUUUCCAGGACAUAGUCUACAUCUCCAAGGCAGUCGGGAGAGCGACCCAGAACCGGACUGGCAUUUCGGCGGACCUCAGAGACAAGCUCCGCAGCUGGAACGGCGCCGAUAACGCGCUGUACCGGCACUUCAACCGGACUUUCUGGGGCAAGGUCCGGAGCUACGGGCCGGGGUUCGGGCAGGAUUUGGAGACGUUCCGCGCCCUGAAAGAAUCCACGACGCGAGCAUGCAUGGCGCAGGGAAGCCGGGUAUGGGACUGGCACAACUCUAGCUAUUGGCAGAUGCCAGCAAAUGCUAGCCGAAAGUGCCAAGAUUUAGUAAGGGACGACAAGGCCUGGGUGAAGCUGAUAAGAUCCCGCAUGCAAGCAAAGAGCAAGAACUUUAUUAAAUACAGGAAUGAAUUUAAUUAACUUUAAGCGUCUUUUUGAUCGG